AUGUCUAAUCAGGCACAUGGCCGCUUAUUGCCAUCCCGAAUAGCAUCGCUGGUUCAUAAACAUUUCGAUGCUUUACCAACGCGCAGUAAACCCACCAUCUAUCCAGACGGAUCAAGAGAAUGGGUUCCGAUGACUGGUAUUGUGAUUGUGAAAGGUAGCACUGGCGCCAAAUGUCUUUCGGCGUCUCACAUCCCACGCUGUAAGGGUCUUGUACUACACGAUUGCCAUGCUGAGAUAUUAGCCAUGCGAGCAUUCAAUUAUUGGCUUCUGACAGAAUGCAAUGGCCUCUUGUCUGUAGAGAGGCACUCAGCCAAGAGUCAUUAUAAGUUUAACUCCGAGAGUCCGGAAAUUCCUUUUUCGCCCUUCAUCCGACGGAGGCAGGCUGAACAAGAUGAUGAUACGUCAAAAUCAUCCACAGAAUGGCCGCCUUUCGAGUUCCACCCUGAUAUAAAGAUCUACAUGUAUUGCACAUGUGCUCCAUGUGGCGAUGCAAGCAUGGAGCUCUGCAUGGCAUCCCAAGAAGACGCAACGCCAUGGGAAGUCCUCCGUCAACCAAUAUCUUCAUCAGAGAGCCAAGAAUUGGGCCCUUCAGAUGCAGAUAAACUUCUUGAUGGUCGCGCUCAUUUCUCUCUUCUUGGAGUUGUACGUCGAAAGCCAGCACGGACGGAUGCUGAAUCAACCCGCAGCAAGUCGUGUUCUGACAAACUUGCAUUACGGCAAGUCUCAUCCUUGCUUUCGUGCGAGACUAGCCGGUUGGUUGCUCCUACUGAGAAUUCAUAUAUCGCUGGUCUUGUUCUUCCUGAGGAUGAAAUUUCGCAAGUUGGUUUUGAUCGAUGCUUUGGGGCACAGGGUCGCAUGCAGCCUCUUGUGGGAAGGUCGUGGCCUGUUGCAACGAGGACAGAUGGCAGCGCAGCGGGGUAUCAGUUCCGUCCAUUUGAAGUUCUUCCGGUGCCUAGUGAAGAAAUCACAACUCUAUGGCCUUUCUUCAAACCAAAGACCAUAAUAAACCCGACGAUGUCGUCGGAAGAAGAAAACGGCAACUCGACCCCAGUGGUCAGCCCUAAAAAGUGCAAGCCAGGGAAUGUGAGCGCCGUGUGGACCCUGGCGCCUACAUAUCAACACUUAUCCCCUGCGAUCAUGGAUACUGGAAGCAAGAAUUUGCCACAUUUAGCUCGUUCCCAGACUGGUUUAUAUGAAACCGUCAUCAACGGCGUGAAACAGGGCAAUCGUGCAUCCUCGCCUGGAAAACGGGGAGCCUCGGCCUUGUCCAGAGCAAAACUUUGGUCUCUAUUCGAAGAUAUUGAUCUUACUCAUUUCCACCAUAUUGAUCGAGACGGCACCUCGGUAACCGAGUCACCGGGUGCUCUUAAGAGUGGAGAGGUACAUGCUGGUACAGGUCAACGGAAUGAGUCGGGGAUUGUCAUCUACCAGGACUUAAAACAAGCGAUUGAUUCUAAGGAUCCAUUGCAUAUUCGUAUACAGGCCAUCAAGGAUGCUAAACAAGUUCUCAAGGGCUGGGCCCCGAAUUCAGGGGAUGAGAGUUGGGGUUUGGAUGUGUUGGUUGACCAGAAGAAACGGAAACGUGAUAUACCCAAAGCUGCGGCCUAG